AUGCGAAAGUACGUUUCCGGGACAGGCGACGACGAAGAGGAAGACACUUCGGAUCUGGAACAAUCAAAUAGUCCGGCACUGGCGUGUCCAGCGCCAAUCUUCGCACCAGCGCCCCAGCGCGCUUCUUGGACAGCCUCAAUACCUUCGCCUCAACAGACAACAUUCACUUGCUCAACAUUUUCAUCAUCUGGUCCUUCUGCAUUUACUGCCGUCUCACCAACAAAUCCUGCCAACUCAUUAACCACAUCCACAGCCACUAUAUACGACCGGUUGAUGUGCAUACCGAAGUUACUGCAAGAGAUCUCAAACAAUAAAAUCCUUCGUACCAGGAUGAAUAACACGGCUUAUAAACCGAUACCCAAUAAUGAAAAAGUCGAUCUUGCUCGAUUUCGGGUGAAAGACCCAAAUGAAUGGCUGGUUGACGAUGUGGUAGCUUGGAUGUUAGAUGUUGCGAAACGGCAUGGUAUUCCAUUUGAAGAGAUGAAUAUGCAUAAAUUUUCAACGCUAUCGGGUCAAGAAAUGUCGGUGAUGACGGAGCAAUGUUUUAUCGAAAGGGAUCCUGUGUUUGGAAAUUUGAUUUACUCUGAAUUUCGGAAAACAGUGAACAAUUCCGGUGAGCAAAAUGUGCAAGUGUGCAAGCAAGCGGUGUAA